AAUUUGGAGCUGAAUUCUGCAUGUCUACCUUCCGGCACAUUUGUUGUUCAACGCUUAUCACGAACACGUCUCGGUAUGGCUAAGGAAAAGACCCACAUCAAUCUUAUUGUCAUCGGUCACGUCGAUUCUGGCAAGUCUACAUCUACUGGCCACUUGAUCUACAAGUGCGGUGGUAUUGACAAACGAACUAUUGAGAAGUUCGAGAAAGAAGCUGCUGAUAUCGGCAAAUCUUCUUUCAAAUAUGCCUGGGUGUUGGACAAACUUAAGGCAGAGCGUGAACGUGGUAUUACUAUCGAUAUCGCUCUUUGGAAAUUCGAAACUCCCAAGUACAUGGUUACCAUUAUUGAUGCCCCUGGUCAUCGUGAUUUCAUCAAGAACAUGAUCACUGGCACUAGCCAGGCCGAUUGCGCCAUUCUUGUCGUUGCGGCUGGCGUUGGUGAGUUCGAAGCUGGUAUCAGCAAGAACGGACAAACCAGAGAGCAUGCUCUUCUCGCCUUCACUCUUGGUGUAAAGCAGCUCAUCGUCGCCAUCAACAAGAUGGAUGCCGUCAAGUACGAUGAAAAGCGAUACAAUGAAAUCGCAACUGAGAUGAAGUCAUACAUCAAGAAGGUCGGUUAUAGUCCGGAUAAGGUGCAAAUGGUGCCGAUUUCCGGUUGGGAAGGUGAUAACAUGCUUGAACAAAGCACAAACAUGUCAUGGUACAAAGGACCAACUCUUCUACAAAGUAUUGACAUGAUUGAACCACCAACUCGCCCUGUUGAUAAACCACUUCGUCUUCCUCUUCAGGAUGUAUACAAGAUUGGUGGUAUUGGUACCGUUCCGGUCGGCCGUGUUGAAACUGGAAUCAUGAAACCCGGUAUGGUUGUUACCUUUGCUCCGGCCAAUAUUUCAACUGAAGUAAAGUCAAUUGAAAUGCACCACGAGUCAUUGGCUGAAGCUGUUCCCGGUGACAAUGUAGGAUUCAACGUCAAGAAUAUUUCCGUCAAGGAUAUUCGACGUGGUAACGUUGCUGGUGAUUCCAAAAACGAUCCACCAAGAGAAGCAGCUGAUUUCACUGCUCAAGUUAUUGUGCUUAACCAUCCCGGAGAAAUUGGUGCUGGUUAUACACCGGUUUUGGAUUGCCACACUGCUCAUGUUGCGUGCAAAUUCGCAGAACUUAAAGAAAAAAUUGAUCGACGAACUGGUCAAGUAAAGGAGACAAAUCCGUCCAAGAUCAAGUCGGGUGAUGCUGCUAUUGUUCAGAUGGUACCAAGCAAACCCAUGUGCGUCGAGGUAUUCUCCAAUAUUCCUCCUCUUGGUCGGUUUGCGGUUCGUGAUAUGCGUUCGACUGUUGCAGUAGGUGUUAUCAAAGCUGUUAACUUCAAGGAGAAGGAGGCUAAGGCUACUAAAUCUGCACAAAAAGCUACCAAGGGAAAGAAGUAA